AUGGAAUUAGAGGCCAUUCAGUUGGAAGAAGCACAUGUUCAUAAUGUAUAUAAGCAAACAGCACCAUACUUCAUCGAGCUCCGUAGCAAAGCAUGGCCUAGUGUCCGACAGUUCCUCAUGGACCAACAACCAGGUAGCCUCAUUGCUGAUGUUGGUUGUGGGAUUGGAAAAUAUCUCAGUGUAAACAGCCAAGUUUAUAAACUUGGCAGUGAUUAUUGCAGCCCCUUGGUGGAGAUUGCCAAAAGGCAUGGACAUGAAGUCAUGGUGUGUGACAACCUGAUUCUCCCCUACAGGGAUCAGUGUUUUAAUGCUGUCAUCUCUAUUGGAGUGAUUCACCACUUCUCGACGAAAGGCAGACGUGUCCGAGCAAUAAGAGAAAUGACAAGGACUUUGCGCCGUGGAGGACAAAUGAUGAUUUAUGUGUGGGCAAUGGAGCAAAAAUACCGUCGCUUUGAAAAACAGGACAUCUUUGUUCCUUGGAACCGAUUGCUAUGUUCCAGACCAUCAUCAGAGUCUGGCCAAAGCAACAACAAACCCAUAGUUGCAAACACAGUCAAAGCACAAGAUAAAGACCAAAUGAAAACAGCUCCAAGUGAAGCCAGUGAGAUGUUGUCUCUCAGGCAGGAUCAAUGCACAAUACUUUCAUACAGAACCGACAAUUGCACCUUAUUAGAGAACUGCUGCUCCAGGAUGUCCGAAGAUCAAGAGUAUCGAUUUUACAAGAAUCUGGGAAAAUCGCUUUGUUCAUGGUUCUUCUCCAAAUCACUCGAUGAGGCUGCAAUGCAGACACACAUUGAUCACCUUAAGUCAAUGAGGGAUUCACCAGAGCUAAUGAACACAUGGAGAAGCAACACAGAUCCCACACAGCAUUUGGGGAAAUUGAGGAUAUCUUCUAGGCACUGCAGUUUGGAUGGAAAUUGCCCACCAUUAGUGAAGAGAGACAGUUUUGAAGAUGAUGAGGUAUUUGCUGAAAAUCCAAAGAAUAAAGAAGUGCAGUGGUUAGAUACCAGAAGCACUUUGAAAGAAAAAAGAGGACAUCAAAGUGAAUGUCGUGAACACACAGGCCUCAAUCCUUAUGAGGCUAACUCCAUAGAAGGCAGACAGAUUUUUCAGAAAAAUGAAGAAGCACAGAAAUCUGAGGGAAGUGCAACUAGGGCUUUUAAAAGGACUUCCAUAACAGAAUCAACAGACUCUGUGAUUGACAGUAUGAGAGCUGUGGCUUUGGACGAUAAGCAGGAGGAAAUUGCAGAUGCUACAGAAUUCAUGAGAUAUUAUCAUGUCUUCAGGGAAGGAGAAUUGACUCAGCUGAUUGAAGAGCAUGUACAGGAGCUUCAUAUCCUCAGUUCCUGUUAUGAUCAUGGCAAUUGGUGUGUUAUAGCAGAAAAAGAAUGA